AAACUACUAUAUCCCGAACCCGAUCCGACUCACGGCCGUGUCGUGGUUCGGCUCCAGGAAGCGAGUGCGAGCGAGAGCGCGAGCACGAGCACGCGACUGAGAUAGCAGGAGCUCAACAGCAGUGGCAGCGCAGCUUCUGCGGUUUUCGGAACCGCGCUCCUAUAGUCUGAUACAAGCAAAAAACAAACGCUGCUAAUGGGCGGAGACAUGACUUUUUAGACAGGAGACAAGAACGACAGCGGCACGCCGGACUCACCGCCUAAUUGGUGAAAGCCCUGCUUUAUAAAUGUUAAACUAGAGAAGGCUGUAGAGGAAAGAGCAAAAUUUGAAGAAGAAAAGGAGAAAGGAACAUUAUGGGUUCUGUUUCUCUAGAAAAGCCUGCCACCAUCGAUGAGCUGAUACAAGCCUGCAUUGAUGCCUUUGAUGAUACAGGGACUCUCAAAGACAAGAUUCUUGUUCGCAUGUUCUUGAUGAUGCAUCCCUGGUACAUUCCAUCCACUGAGCUGGCAAAGAAAUUAGUGUACAAGUUUCAAGAAAAUGAAGAAGUGCCUGGGCUUCGAGCAAGGAUAUGUAGCCUUGUUGGAUACUGGAUUGCUGAGUUUCCUGCCGAGUUUGACUUGAAUCCUGAACUUGCAAACCAGAUCAAAGAGCUGAAGGAUCUUAUAAACCAGAAAGGCAAUGUCCGCCAAAGCUGUCUCAUUGACAUAGAGAAUGUGCCUUCCUAUGGUUGGAAACGGCAGGUGACACAACGUCAACCUUCUGUUACCAAGAAGCGUAAAAUGUCUCUUCUUUUUGAUCAUCUGGAUUCUUCUGAGCUGGCAGAACAUCUUACAUACUUAGAGUACAAGUCAUUUUGCAAGAUUUUGUUUCAAGAUUACCACAGUUUUGUGAUGCAUGGCUGUACAGUGGAUAAUCCCAUUUUAGAGCGAUUCAUCACCCUUUUUAACAGCGUUUCCCAGUGGAUCCAACUGAUGGUCCUUGGUAAACACACUGCUGUGCAGCGGGCUGCUGUUAUCAAGCAGUUUAUUCAGGUUGCCCAGAAACUGCUACAGCUUCAGAACUUCAAUACUUUAAUGGCAGUUGUGGGAGGGCUUAGUCAUAGCUCCAUUUCAAGACUCAAAGAGACUCACAGCCAUAUCAGCCCAGAUAUCACAAAGACAUUUGAUAGCCUCACAGAACUUGUAACAUCAUGUGGAAACUACAGUCAGUACCGGAAGAGGUUUGCAGAGUGUGAGGGUUUUCGCUUCCCUAUCCUGGGUGUGCACCUUAAGGAUCUUAUUGCUGUACAUGUGGCCCUGCCUGACUGGGUCGAUAAAGAGAAAACAAAAGUGAAUUUGGUCAAGACCCAGCAGCUUUACACAAUUCUUAAUGAGCUGGUGCAGGUGCAGGCCACUCCACCACCUAUUGAUGAUAACACUGACCUCAUCAAUCUGCUUACGGUAUCCCUGGAUCAGUAUCAUACUGAAGAUGAGAUCUAUCAACUGUCUUUGCAGAGGGAGCCUCGAAGUUCCAGACCUUCUUUAACUCCAUCCACUCCCGGUGCAACCCCUAAGCCGUCUGUGAUAGAUGAAUGGGCCUCAGCAGUGAAGCCUAAACCCGACCAAGCAAUUGUUAACAAGCACAUUGAAAAAAUGGUUGAGUCUGUCUUUAAGAAUUUUGACACAGACGGUGAUGGCUACAUUUCCCAGGAGGAGUUUGAGAUCAUUCAGAGCAACUUCCCUUACCUCAGUAAAUUUGGGGAACUGGACCAGAACCAGGACGGUCGAAUCAGUCGAGAGGAAAUGAUAGCCUACUUCUUGAAAGCAAGCACCUUACUAAACUGCAAAAUGGGCUUCAUUCAUACAUUUUGUGAAACUACCUACUUAAAACCUACCUUUUGUGAGCACUGCACUGGUUUUAUCUGGGGUGUAUACAAGCAGGGGUACAAAUGCAAAGCAUGUGGGGUAAAUUGCCACAAAGCUUGUAAGAGUCAGCUAUCAGUGGAAUGCCGAAAAAGGACCAAAAGCAUCAGUGUUGACACACCAUCGUCCUUUCCUUCCAGAUCUCUCAGUUUUCCACCCCCGGGAACAUCCAAGGUCUCUGUACAAAACACAGUUAUCAAAGAAGAAGAUAUUGAAAGUGUUGAAGAUGGAGUUUUUGAUGUCCAUCUAUGAAAAGAUAUGAUUUUGAAGGGAUAUUGUUUUAAAUGUGCAUGAAGACUGAAAUUGGAUUACUCAGACAAGAAGGAAGUGGUACAGAUGUAAAAAGAAAUUUUUCCUAGAAGAGAGGCAAGGAUGAAAAUACGUAUACAAUUCAAACUCAAAAAAGAUGAAGGUAGCAAGUAUACAUACGCUGCCACUAUGUGGAGACUUGGGAGUACUUCAUUUAACAUCAUAAAAUUCCUUACGCCUGUUCCUUUUAUUGGGUUACACUGUGUUGUAAGGAAAUGGAUAUUUUAUUUUUUUCAUUUGUAGUAGCUGUGAAGCACACGUAUUGAAAAUCAGUAACCCAGUGCCACUGCCUUCCAGAAGCAAGGCAUUCAGCUUUUCUGGUGCAAGUCAGCUUUAUGAUUAACAUGUCUUCUUUGCUGAAAUAGUAUUGCAAUUUUAUUUAUUUUUUUGUGCCAGCUGGGUCAUUUUUUCCCUUAACUUGAAUAUAAAAUCUUAAGGAACAUAUAGAUUUUUUAACAAAGUAUUUGUUUUUUAUAUUAAGAUCCCUUUAAUGACAGCAUGUUGCUUUUAUCUGACACCAUUUUACUUCUUCAAGUAUUUGUGUGCACUUCAGUUUUUUAUUUUCACAGUUUGUGUAGCAUGCUAGAUAAUCGAGAGGAUAUGAACACACUUAAAUAUAAUGUUCACUAAAUAUAUAAUGAAGGCUAAGGGUAAAAUAGAUAUAAAUCAUCAAGAUUGUGUUUUAAUAAUGAACUUACAAACUAUUGUGUACAGUGUAUUUCUUUGUUUCUUUUCUUUGUUGAUUUGCACACAUUUAAUUUGUGGACAACCUGCCAAGGAGUUGGUGGACUCCCGUGCGUGUAUAACUGUCAUUCAAUUGUAAAAAACAUCUUGGUUAAUAUUACCACUAUUGAUUAACUAAUUAUUUCACUUUGUGAAAACACUUAACUCUAAUUUAAAAGUGUAUGACCUCUUAGUGUAUUUUAAUAUAUUUAGUUUGAUUUGGUUAAUAACAGAAUGUUGAAAAAAAUGAAGCAAAGAAAGCUUAGUUUUGUAAACUUUUUGCAUUCUCUACAGUAAUGUAUGAAGUUCCAUUAUGGGUUCUGUUUAGCUUUUAGUCUUCUUACCAGCAGAUGGUAGUCUCCUCAUGCCAAGACCUCUCUUCCUGUAUAUCUUACUUGUCUCCAUGCACUAUAUUUUGUAAAUAUCUUUACUGUGACUGCAGUCUUUCAUUUUCAUAAUGUGUGUCAGUUUAAGCUGGGAUCAUGUAUAAUACAGUAACAUGCAUUGUGGCAAAUUAAAAUCCUGUGUAGAUACUUUUAAACAUUUAUCAUAUCUGGACCUUCAUAUCACCGUUAAAUCUAUUUUCAAUGUAUAAAACCUUAACUUGCAGAGCGUCUUUCCUACUUGUGGAUUCAUUAGUAGCAACAUACAAACCUGUUAGUUAUUGUCAUCCAUUAACUGAUUUUAGCUUUUUGGAAGUCUGCAGUCAGACGUUAAGUAUUGUUGUAAAGUUUUAUUGAUUCUGAUCUUUUUUCUAAAAUGUUAGAAAAGCACAUAAUUUUGAUAGACCCUCUCUUAAGGAAGUGUUUUUGCAUGUGAUAUUUUAAGUUAAUCAUAUGUUAAAAUAUAUGAUCACUGUCUUUUCACCUUUUUCCUGAAUUUGAAUAGGUUCACUAAUUAAUUUAAAUUAGAUUCUUCUCUGAGCUGACUAAAAGUUCAUUGGUAACCAAGGUAUAUCUACAAGAAAGAAGAACUUUCUAAAUCCAGUUUGGUAUCUUUCUAAUCCUAUUAGUUAAGCAAAGGGCUAGGCUGCUCAUAUUCUCUUCAGUAUUGUAAGUCAGCAAAUGUUUAGGACUUCGGCCAACUUAUUUGUAUUGUCUUUAUUCAAUCAAUUGUAAUGAAUUUUAUUUGUAAAAUUACUGUUCCUAUAGGAAGAAAUAACCUUGUGUCACAUACUAUAUAAAUCUUCCAGCUGCCCUCUGUGAUUGUUCUCUGUAGAAACAAAUUAUGAAUACAUAGUCUUCCUGAAAUAGUUUAGAUAUCUCGGGCAGGUUGGUUCUAGUAUACAGUAAUUUCAGUUUCCUUUCAUUACUUGACAGAAUUCUCUUGCUCAGUUUUUGUUUCAUGUGUACUGCUUCAGUCUCAAUGCCUAUUAUAUAUUCAGUGCAUAUCUUACUCAUCUACAGAAUUAACUAUUCCCAAAAUCUCAGAUGCUGUUUAAGCAAUCACAAUCAUGUUUUUUUUUAAAAACCUUCGUAUACUAAUAUGUAUUUGAAAAUGAUGUUUGGAGAAAACAAUGAAAGUGGCUAUGAUUCUGUUACCUCAUUUUUCUGGUAAAUCGUCAUCCUCUCUUUUGGUCUUUUCUGAGGGGUCAUGCAGAUAUGAAUCAUUCUACCUGUAAAUUGUUGUUGUGACUACUGUCAUUUUAUAUAGAUGCAACUUACCACAUAAUGUGAUAUUUAUAUUAAGUGUUUUUUUAUUUCUAUUUGGUGCCCUAAAUGUCAAGGUUAGGAUAUAUUUUAAGAUGGUGGAGAAUUACACAUAGCUAUUUUAGUACUGUUUUUUUAGUACUGCUGUGUGCAUGUAUGCAGUAGUGUUUCAGUGUAUUCAAUUAUUUGUCAGGGUUAGGAUAAUUUUCAUAUUGUUGCAACUAGUACAAGGAUAAGUGAUGCAUGAAUGUUGGUCAGAAUCUAAAUACUUAAUUACUAUUUGGUAACCAAUUGAUUAUGGUGACAACUUAGUUUGUAUUUUUACCAGUUCUUUAUUAAUGUGAGUGCAGAAUGGGACACAUUGUUUACCUUGCAUUUUAUUCUAAAGUAAAUAAUUUUGAAGACCUUCAUUUAUGUGCAGCAAUAUGCUUGUUAUUUGGAGGACGACAUUCUUACUUACCUAAACUUUUGAGAAGGAUUCAAGAUAUGUGAGGGCCAGUUGGGUAAAUUCUUCUUUACUUUUUAAAGUAAAUGUCUAAAUUGUGCCACAGCCAAAAAAAGAAGUACCACAUUUCAAAUGUUUAUUCUACAUAAACGGUACAAGAUAAAAUAAAUUUCAUUAUGACACAAGAAAGGGUAUGCAAAAUAGAUUUUUUCACUGUAUUUUAAUGAUGAUGUCUUCAAGGUGGUGGCAAUCAUUAGCGAUUCACUCUUUGAGACGAUUUCUGAAUGCAUGCAUGACUUGUGUGGCCAUUUCAAAGUGAAUAGCGAUGAUUUUGUGGCGAAUAGCUUACUUGAGGGCUUCAAGGCUUUGAGGUCGUUGUGUGUAUACUUUCGACUUGAGACAGCCCCACAAGAAGAAAUCACAUGGUGCAAGAUCAGGCGAACGCGAAAGCCACCCGACAUUGUCACGCAGGGAGAUUAGCUUUCCCAGAAACAUCUCUGCGCUGUAUGAGCUGUUGCUCCAUCUUGUUAAAACCAGGCAUCCACCACAUCCAUUUCUUCCUGUUGGUGCUAGCAUUUCAAUGUAACUUUGUGAAGUUACAGUGACGGUGACUGUUGCUCCUCCCACUGCAACGGAGCAUCUAACUGUAACACGCUCACUGUGCAGGGGUCACUGAUGAAGUUCACGAGGGAUGGUUUCAGCCCAGUAGUGAAAGUUUUGCUUAUUU